AUGCGCCAGCGUGGUGCUGGGUCACGGGCAGUCGCAGCGGCUGAUUUUGGACUAGAUUUUGGACUUGUUGAUGAUAAGCAAGAAAGUCUGUUGGCGCGACAAUCAGAUGCUGAGUUUCGGACGGUUGAAAAUACCGAUUUUGGCUUAUCUAUCCCCUAUUCCGCUCGGUCACUACGCUCAAAGACUGGAAACAGUCCGCACUCUCGACGAUUGAGUUCUCGUUAUCCUUCACAGACGCCCGGCAGUCGGAAUCGUACAGGAUCAUCGAUCAGGUCAGCCAGACACAAUCCGCAACAAGUUGAGCAUAAUGGAGCGGAUGCGCCUCAGUUGGGAGGAAACCAGUCUGUGGAGAAUGUUCAUCAAGCCAAGAGGAGGCGAUUGUCCCCGGCUGCUGUGACGCCAAUUCAACUGUCGGCAAAGCCGCCCGCAGCAGCAAGUACAGGCGGAAUACGGUCCGGAAGGCGGAGUAGUAGGGAGGUAUUCACAGUCGCAGAGGACAACGAUGGAGAGGAAGGCCUUGAGCCAUUACAUACCCCUGGUGCAAUUGCAUUUCAGCGGAUACAAGACUCACCAUUAUUUUUCCCGGAACAUGAGCCGAACAAGGAAAACGACAAUGCUACCCCUGCAUAUCAGCGCGAAGAUGGGUCACUUCUGGCCUCGCAAGGAGUCAAGGGUGGCCAACCGAGCAUAUUAUACCCUCGCAAUUCUGUGUCAAGGGCGAAAGAGGAUGCGUUAGGGCUUGUCAUCAACAAUGCGAGAAUUCCGGAAGCCAAGGAUGGCCCGGAAGGUACUGAAGCAGGAGGACGGAGUAACGAUACCCACGUCAUGUCACUUGAGAAGUCCUUGCCUACCUCGAAUAAUACCGGAUCCUCAAGCCACAAACGGCGGAAGAAACGGAAGUCCGUUAUCUUGGUACGCAAGAAGAGGCGCUCGUCUGGCGUCAAUGAGGUUUCACUUCAGCAGACGGAAAUUCCGUCGGAGGCUCCCGGGUCUUCAGGCUCACUGGAAACGCCACAACCUGCUCCAUCGCAGUCAACGAGUCGGGUUCGUGCUCGGAGAUAUGCCAACACCAAGUCAAGGGACAAAGAUGAAGACAGCCCCCCACCAUCUCGCUCAGGAUCUCCGACCCGAACAGAUGGAGAUGAUGAUGAGACAUAUAUUCAAGAGAGCUCCCCAGAACCUCAGACUCCAGCACUUUCUAAGAAGGUUGGUGAUAACAUCCACCGUGGCGCGACCCGAACUCAGAACCCUCGUUCUUCCAAGGGAGGGACAUCCAGGCCGACAUUCCCGAUUCUGACCCAUCGAUUAACAAAUUCCUCAAGACUUCCAACCAUCGAUGAAGCCAACGAAAACGACGUCCACUCUGAGAAUGCUUUCGCCAAUCGCGACGACCUUGAAAGAGACCGCAGUGAACCGAAUGCGGUGGAUGUGCUCGCUCAAAUUUGUCGUGAAACAAUCGAGAAUUGUGUCCGGCGUAUGUCGGAAGACAUGCAGCCUUCUGAACGUGCAGCUUUGAAAGUCAGACGAACGGCGCUAGAGGAAUUUGGCCGAGACUUGAAUGACGAACUCUUCGAGCUGUCAGAAGCCGCUGAGAACCGAAUCAUCUUAGAAGCUCGUGUUCGGAAGAGCAAGAGAGAGAAAGCUUUCAUGCAAACGGAGUGGAUCGAAUUGAGAAAGGAGCGGGAGCGGAUCGCCCUCGAAUGUGACGCUGUGCGACGGCGCCACUGGCAAUGCGAAGACGAUGCCAGAGAACGUUGGGAUCUCAGCGAGGCCGCGAGACGGGCAGAGCUUGAACUGGAACGGAAUGAUCCGGCCAACGAAGCGGGUCUGGAAUGUCUGCUUCGAAGUGUGCUCAACAACGUCAGCAGUGCUUCUGAGGAGGGGGGCCUACUGGACAGGGUGAAAUCGUUCAAUGCCCAGUUGGAAAACACGGCAUUAUUCCUGGAAGGACGACAUGGUCAUUAG